AUGCGGGGUUUAUGGCCCCCUCUCUUCAUCAUUAUACUGUUAUUACUGAUGUCCGUGACGGUAGUUUACUGUGCUAGUCUUCUCCAACUGGAGAGGGCUUUUCCUUUAAACAACCACGGUCUUGAACUCCACCAACUCACAGCUCGAGACCAGCUCAGACACCCCCGUCUUUUACAAGGCUUUGUUGGUGGCGCUGUCGACUUCUCUGUCCAAGGUUCCCCCGAUCCUUACCUCGUCGGACUUUAUUUUACAAAAGUGAAAUUGGGCUCUCCUCCUCGAGAAUUCAAUGUGCAGAUUGAUACUGGAAGUGAUGUCUUGUGGGUUUGCUGCAAUUCCUGCAAUAAUUGCCCGCAUACUAGUGGCCUUGGAAUUCAGCUCACUUUCUUUGAUUCCAGCAGCUCAUCAACUGCUGGGCUGGUCCGCUGUUCAGACCCAAUCUGCACUUCAGCAGUUCAAACCACAGCAACUCAAUGCUCUCCUCAGACUGAUCAAUGCAGUUAUACAUUCCAAUAUGGAGACGGAACUCUCAUUGUCUUUGGUUGCAGUACCUACCAGUCCGGGGACUUGACUAAGACUGAUAAAGCAGUUGACGGGAUUUUUGGAUUUGGCCAGGGAGAACUUUCUGUUAUAUCACAAUUAUCAACCCGAGGGAUAACACCCAGAGUGUUUUCUCAUUGCUUGAAAGGAGAGGGCAGUGGAGGUGGUAUACUGGUUCUCGGUGAGAUUCUGGAGCCAGGCAUUGUUUAUAGCCCACUUGUCCCAUCACAGCCUCAUUAUAAUUUAAAUCUACAAAGCAUUGCUGUUAAUGAGCAAUUGUUACCAAUUGAUCCAGCAGCAUUUAGAACAUCGAAUAGCCGGGGAACAAUUGUUGACUCUGGAACAACUUUGGCGUACCUUGUGGCAGAAGCUUAUGAUCCUUUUGUUAGUGCUGUGAAUGCUGUUGUCUCACCAUCUGUUACUCCUAUCGUAUCUAAAGGAAACCAGUGUUAUCUUGUCUCCACCAGUGUAUCUCAGAUGUUUCCCCUGGCCACUUUUAACUUUGCUGGGGGUGCAUCCAUGGUGUUAAAACCAGAAGACUACCUUAUACCUUUUGGUUCCAGUGGUGGUUCUGCGAUGUGGUGCAUUGGUUUUCAGAAAGUUCAAGGAGUAACUAUCUUAGGAGAUCUUGUUCUGAAAGAUAAGAUUUUUGUCUCUGAUACAUUUAAAUUCUUUCUGUCAGGUUCUUUAUCUGUAAAUGUUUCUGUAACUUCUAGCAAGGACUUCAUCAAUGCAGGACAACUGAGUGUGAGCAGCUCAUCAAGGGACAUCAUGCUCUUUGAGCUGCUACCUCUGAUUUUUAUGGUUCUCUUGAUGCACAUAUUACUGUUGAACUUUAAACUUUUGUAA